AUGGCAUUAGGAAGCGAUAAAUCGAAUGAAAUUGAAGACAAUUUGAGUGAAUUGACUAAACCUCUCGAAGAGGUUCGAGAAUAUAUAGAAAACUUUACUUGGAAAGAAUAUGCGAGACCUAGAAGUAUUGCAACAGAAACUGUAACAAUUCCUGCAGGAAUUGUUUCAUAUCAGCCGGAGAAAGGUGGUCAUCCUGUACAAAAAGCUGUAAAUGAUAUUUUUAAAAAGAUGGAAGCACCAACUGUAGUAGAAAAUAAUACGGUUUGUUUGCUGGAUGAUUAUACCAUUUGUACAUCUUCAUACAUUAAAUCUAAUUCAGAUGUAUCAUCAGUAGUCGUUUCGUCAGCAUCGGCAGAAUCUUGA